CUGCAGCCUCACACCGUAGGCCAGGAAGCCCGAAAACUGGUCUCCAGAAAAUCCAAAGCACCCAAUCCCUCAUGAAUCAUCGGCAUCUGCCCGCGGGAGCGCCGACUGCUGCUAAGCGUCCCUCCUGGCUCCUCUAACUCGGCCUCACUGCCCUCUGUCUUUGUGCUCCGUCCCCCAAUUCGCCAUCGUCCUCAAUUGAUGGAUCACAAUGCUCGUCAUACUCCUCAAAAUUCUGCCCUAGACCUUGUUCCUCCUUCGGGGUCAACGAGGAAACCAAGAAGGCGGAGGGUACAAUUCUCUCUCGAGCCUGGGGAGAUAGUAACCACUGCAGCAGACAGUGAGCACACACCGCCGUCGGCGAGCACCGAGCCAGAAGUGCCCAAUUUGCGAUGGGCACAACCCCCGCCCCUACAGCCUGCGAGCCCCCCGACCGUCCCUCCAGGAGCCUCGAACGUCCUUUUCCACAAUGUAUCGCCACGUCAGGCUGAGGACCAUUGCAUGACCUCGGGAUGCCCCUACCAUCCUGCUCCCGAGUCUGUUCUCGUGUCAUCCAGAGAUUUUGGCAAUGUUCGGCAACUGUAUACUGUUGCUCCCAACCAUGCUUACCAGAUACAACCGCCGCAGGCAAUGGCUUCCGCAUGUACCUCUCAAGCUCAGCAACAACCUGGCAGACCGCUGGGAAGUGAAGGCCAGGUCCCCCAAUCGCAUGCCCUCCCACUUGGGUGUAAUAAUCAAGCCCAGCUGUCGUACACCGUGCCACCUGGAUACCCUACUCAACCUCAACGUUCAUAUAGAGAGGCACCCACAAAUCCACCCCAAGCACAGCAGCCACAUACCUUGCCACCGAGAAGUCUCGGCCAUGCUGAGCAGUCGUACAACGGGUCACCUGGAAUUCCCAGCCAGGCACAAUAUUACAACGCUGCUCAAGGAAGCUCCGGUGAGCCCGAGCAGUCCUUUGGGAUGACACCAAGUUACGAGGGGCAAUGGAGCAAUCUACCAACAAGCCAUCCUCAGCAGUCGUUUAUGCCCGCACCAAGCGCCCCUGAUCAUCGCUGGACGUCUUUGCCAAACAGUCACUUCCAAUCCCUGGAAAGUCAAACAACGCCGGGCCCAUCGACAAUCACGUCACGGCGGAGGAAACGUCCCGCCGAGGAUCCCAGCCCAGGAGGCAGCGGAGGUCCUCCUCCUGCCAAGAGGCAACACCAAGGAGGCAGCCCACGGGGAGGGUCCCAGCGUGCUCCUCAUCCCGAUAAUCGUCUGGCGAUGUCGUGCUGGCGGGCGUUUCGAUCAUUCGACAAGAAAAUCAAGGACUUGCACCAAGGCUACUGCGACCAGCGAGAUCGCGACAAAUGGGAACUCAAGAAACGCGAACGGGACUUUAGGAGACGCGCGCCGGCCAUGAGAGGCGAGUACCAGCAUGCGUUGGAUUCCAUUAUACAGGAUCACGAGAGGGUGCGCAGGUACUGGAAGGAUCAGUUGCGGACUAACGAACGACGAUGGAGAGAAAUAGUUCAGCAAGAGGACAGCAUAUGGCGAGCCUCGUAUGCUGAACUGGACAGGAUCUGGGAUGCCUGGGUCAAUGGCGACCCCCAAGACGAUGUCCAUCCACAACUUGUGCAAUAUGUCCGUCAUUUGGACGCCGCGGUUCAACACCUGGGCUCGAAAUCCGCGAGUCGCACAUCUAGGUACGAGCCAUCGCAGGGGCGACCGGCUCACCCACCGCAACCUGGCCCUAGCACAGCGACGACUGUACCACCGUCACCAUGUCCCCCUCAUGUGCCGUCGGCCAUGACGGCGCCGCCAACAUACCCUCCUAGCACAGCUGUGACAAUGCUGCCAUCUCCGUAUUCUCCUACCACAGCAUUGACAGUGCCUCCAUCAACAUGUUUUCCUCCAACAGGGUCGCCAACGUCCCCUUUUGAUCCAGCAGCGCCCCUGCCCCCACCGCCCCGUCCGAGUAUGGUAUCGACAACACCACCAUCAAUGUAUUCUCCUCACGCAGCAACAGCAAUGCCACCACCACCACGCGCUUCUGACACAGCAACGACAAUGGCCCCGCCGCCGCGCCGUAAAAGACCGGCGAUAGUGCCACCGCCCCCGCUUCCCGACAUUGCAUUGCCACCAUCACCGCCGCCUGACCCCGCAAGCACAUUGCUGCCGCCGCUGCGCCCUGACCUAAGAACGGCCAGGCCACCGUCUCCACCUCCUAGCCGGACAACAACGUCACCACAACAACUGCUGCUCGCUGAUAUCGGAGCCGCAAGGCCAUCAUUGCCCCAUCCUAAUAGAACAAGGGCGCUGCCAUCACCACAACAGCCCAUGCUUGUGACGGUGACGCCGCCGUCACGGUUUCCUCACAGCGCCGUGAAGAUGCCAGCAGAACUAGGUCUUGUGAAAGCAACGAGGAUGCCAACGGAGCGAGAUCACAAGCCACAUCCCCAAAGUGCGAUGGCGGUGUCAGAGCCAGAGUAUUAUAGAGUAUCGACAAUGCCACCGCAGAUGCAUCCCCACAGGGCAUCGACAGUUUCGUCAGAGCUGCAUUCAUACACGCCAAUGACGGUGCCACCGGCAUCAAGUCCUCAGAGGACGUCCAUAACUCAGCCAGGGCCAUAUCGAUACACCCCAAUGACGAUGCCACUGGAAUCCAGUCCUUACGGGGUGCCGAUAGCUCAACCAGACCUGCACCUCCACGCACCAAUGGCGAUCCCACCAGAGCCACACCGAUACACACCAAUAUCAAUACCUUCGGAACCACACCCUUUCAGCUCACCAGCAGUUGCGCCAGAGCUACAACCCUACAGAACAACGUCAAAGCCAUCGGGAUCUGGUCCUCUCGGUGAAACGGUGAUGCCACGACAGCGACCUGGUCACAGAACAAGGGUGGUAACAUCGAUAUCACCCUCGCCCUCACCACCACUGUCACCAUCACCAUCUCCUGAACCGCAAGCACCACCACGACGUCUCACAUUGCCCGCAGACAUGGAGAGAGCCACGGGCCUCGAAAGGGAAGAGGGGAAGCGCCAGGGAAAGGAGAAAGGGAAGGCAAAAGAGAAGGGAAAAGGUAAAGACAGGGACAUGACACCAACCGAAUUCACGGCCAGAGAUCCAUCACGACAGCCACAAGGCGGCAUGAAUAAUGACGACGAUGAUGAUGAUAAUGACGAUGACUAUGAUGACGACGACGACGACUCCUCCUCGUAUCUCAGAAAGAUCACACGUGCUGGACAUUGAUAGAUAUGGGUAGGAAUGUGUCUUGCUGUUUCCUGGAUGUUUCGGCGGUUUUCUUUCUCGAUCUCUGGGCUCAUGAACACCCAGCGAAACUUGAUUUACUGAGUGCGUUGUUGGUCUGUUGUGCUGUUUUUCUGACUGACGGACGCUGACGCAUUUCAUGACCGAGAUGAGUUUGACGAUGGUGGUGGUGGGUGGCUUCACCUGAGAUGGGGGAACGAACUAUUUCUUUGAUACAACACCAAAAUGUGUUGGACCUUGCUUGGCCAGAGGGCGGGGAGUCUUGCUGGCGAUACAAGUAAUAUAUAG